AUGGAUAACAUCCUUUGCUGGAAUGUCAGAGGGCUAAAUAGGAAAGAUAAGCAGCAACUGGUGAAAGGUAUGAUUACUUCCCAUCAAAUUAACAUGUUUGGCCUUCUGGAAACAAGAGUGAAAGCUCAUAGGUUAGGUGACUUGUAUCUCAAUGUUAUCCCUUCCUGGUGCUUCACUUCUAAUAUUAGCUGCCAUAAAAAUGGUAGAAUCAUUGUUGCUUGGGAUCCAGACUCAUUCAUAGUUGAUAUUAUCCACAUGGGCCCUCAGAUGGUUCAUUAUAGUGUCACUGCUAGAUGUUCUGGUAAGGUGUUGUUUUGCACUUUUGUUUAUGGUAUGGAUGAUAGGAAAGGGAGAGAGCCUCUAUGGGAACAACUGCAACAACUUGCUCUUCUUUGUAACAGUGCUUGGAUUGUCAUGGGGGAUUUCAACUCUCUGAUGGAACUGGGUGAUAGGGUAGAGUCCACUGUCAGAAUGGUUGAGGUCCAAUCUAUGAGAGCCUAUAUGAUCGAAUAUUAUGUUGAGGCUACUUUUCUACCUGAAGGGGAGUUUGAACAUUUCCCUAUGGUGCUUUCUACCUACACUGCAAGAGCACAGAGGAAGCCUUUUAGGUUUUUAAAUAUGUGGACCACUGCCCCUGAGUAUCAUGACCUUAUUGACAAGAAUUGGAGUAGAUAUGUUUAUGGUUGCCCUAUGUACAAAGUUUUACAAAAGAUGAAAUGGAUUAAAGCUGAUCUCAAAAGUUUGAAUAAAAGAGCUUUGUGUAAUGUGGAAGCUGAUAAACACAAUUGUCAUAAGAUCUUUCUAGAGGCUAAAAAACAGAUGCAUGAUGAUCCUUGCAACACUUCACUAGCAACUGCAGAGAGAUCUGCUGCUCAGAUCUAUAAAUUGGCAAAUGAGAGAUUCAUAUCCUUCCUACAGCAUAAUGCCAAGGUUCACUGGUUGCAGAAUGGGGAUGAAAAUACUAGGGCAUUCCACUAG